CUUGCUGCCGCUCACCGGGACUUUCACAAUGAAGUUCAUGAAAGUGGGCCGUGUGGCCAUCAUCACCCGUGGCCGUUACGCCGGUAAGAAGGUCGUCAUUGUCCAGCCUAACGAGACUGGCUCCAAGGCGCACCCGUUCCCCUACGCCAUCGUUGCCGGUAUCGAGCGCUACCCCGGCAAGGUCACCCGCCGCAUGGGUAAGAAGAUGGUCGAGAAGCGCAGCCGCAUCAAGCCUUUCAUCAAGGUCGUCAACUUCAACCACCUGAUGCCCACCCGUUACACGCUCGAGCUUGAGGGUCUCAAGGGUGCCGUCUCCACCGACACCUUCAAGGAGGUCUCCCAGCGUGAGGAGUCCAAGAAGACCAUCAAGAAGGCUCUGGAGGACCGCUACACCAGCGGCAAGAACCGCUGGUUCUUCACUCCUCUGCGUUUCUAAACGGGUUAUUUUGGGGCGUUUUGUCAUUUGAGCGCGCAAGGUCUUAGAUGAGGCAAAAGGGCAAAAAAACGCAUCGAGCACACUCGGUUCACGAGCACGGGAUUGAGAUGACGAAUACCAAUGCUGGAGGAAAGAAGCGGGGGUGUAUCGAUGUACAAGUCCAGGACUGGGCCAGUUCUUAGAUGAAGGAGGCCACUCAGAUCUGGCGUCCUUUUGAAACGAAUGGAAAAUAUGAACAAAUUCAAAUUCCCUUUUUUUGUCUGAGCCACAACUUGAAUCUUUGGAUCUGUCGUGUUGACCUAGUUUGCUUGCUUGCUAUUAACCUAGUUCUGGAUUGCCGAUCAUAUCGUGUUGCGCAUACGACCUUGGAUAUAGUACGGAAGUCUGCCUUAAUGAAGCUUGACCGAUCCUUCCGAGCCUCUCCCGUGGGGUGUCAUCGUACAGACACUAUC